AUGUCGAGAGACAUGACAAGUUCUAUCAUAAAGGUCGUCAUAGGUGCUUUGAUGAUGUUGGACGAAGUUGGGGCUGAGAUUGUGGUUGUGUCAUUCUCCUUCUUCUUCUCCCAAUUCUCUGCCCGGGGGCGCCGCCUCUCCAUCCGCCGCUGCUGGAACUCUUGCAAGAUCCCCGCGGCGCUUCCGCGGGAUUUCUCUAGGGUUUUCCGAUCGUUCUUUCCUUUUUGUUAUCAGGACUUUGUUUUUCAAUUGCGCUUACUCUGUGUAGCGUCCACGAGCCGCAUGGCUCCCGGGCGUCGACGUGGAGCGAACAAGGCUAAGGCCGACGGCCACUUGAGUUUGGGUGAUCUUGUGCUGGCUAAGGUCAAGGGCUUCCCCGCUUGGCCUGCGAAGAUAAGCAAGCCUGAAGAUUGGGAAAAAGUCCCUGAUCCAAAGAAAUAUUUUGUUCAGUUCUUUGGUACGAAAGAAAUAGCUUUUGUUGCCCCAGCAGAUAUUCAGUCAUUCACCAGUGAGGCUAAAAAUAAGUUAUCUACUCGUCUUCAAGGAAAGACUAGGUACUUUGCCCAAGCUGUGAAGGAAAUAUGUGCAGCAUUUGAAGAGAUGCAGAAACAGAAGGCUAGUGGUUUGACAGAUGACACGGAUGAUUCUCGUAUUGGUUCAGAGGCUCCAUCUAAUGAUGAGGUAGUAGGUAACCAUAAGGAUGAAAUUGACACUGUGUUAUCAAAUGCAGAAAAAGAUAACAUUGAUAUGAAUAAUGUUGGUUCUAAUCUGGAGCACUGUACUCAGAGAGUAGGGGAAAAAGACAGCGCAGAUGAAAAGCACUCUGUGCCUGUCCAUCCAAAUGAAAGUUCAUUGGUUUCAUCUCCGGUGAUGAAAAGUAAAUUAUCCAUGGGUUCAGAGCCAAAGAAGAAUGCUAACAAAUUGAUUCUUAAAGGUGCUAGUAAUUUUAAUGAUUUUGGGCAAGAUGAUAAUGGACAUAUUAUUUUAACAAAUGGGACCAAGCCAAGAAAGCUUGUCAAUGGCUUGCGAAAGAAAAGUGAAGCUGGAGGUGAUAGAGAUAGAAAUGGUGGAUCAUCUACUGGAAAUUUUAAGGAGGGAAAUUGUAAUGUCCAUGGUGACUUUUCUAGGUCCGGAGAGACAAUGAAAGCUGGGAAGAAAAGGAAAAGUGCAUUUAAUGUUAAAUUGGGUUCUCCAGUUACUCUUAAAUCAGACAAUAAUUGUAAUACUGGGGAAAAAGAUAGCAACUUGAUAAAAGUCAAAACAAGUCUUGAGGUAAAAACUGAGUUGCAGGAGAUCUUGAUUGAUUCCAAGGAUGCUGAUGGUAAAAGUUCUAGUUUGCGGAAGAAGAUACAACUUCAUGCAACACAUAAUUUAGGGGCAAAUGAAUCUGUACAUGCUACCAAGAAGUUGAAGCGCAUGGAUGCCAAAGAGGAUUCAACUUUAGGAUAUCCUUCAAAAGUUUUGAAAAGAACUUCGCCUGGUUCUACAGUUAUUGAAGACAGAUCAUUUAAAAAAUUAGAAUUGAAGAAGUCUACCCCAAAUUUGAAAACAGAAAAAAGCUUGUCAUCACGGGGUCAAAUUAGUGGUGCAGGUUCUGAUGAUUCUAUCCAUGAGCUGCUAUCUGGUACUAGACAUCAUAUCCAGGUUCAACAAGUUAUGCUUGAUUCUUCUGGCAUUACUUUUGAGGAAAACAAAGAAAGGAGUUUUUAUAGACUGAAAGGUGAUACAAAUAAUGUUGUGAUAAAACAAGCUGAGAGGAAGCGUAGAGCUGUUUGUCUUUUUGAUGACGAUGAUGAACCUAAAACUCCUGUUCAUGGAGGAGCUGGAAAAAAUGUUAAAUCGUGUUCUGUUUCAGAGGUCAAGAAGAGCAAUAAUGCACACUCAGAGAAGUCUGAUGUUGUUCAGCUGGGUCAAAGAAAUUCUAGUGAGCUGGAGGAUAUCCAUUUGAAAGAGCCAUCAUCUCAAUUGCAUAGUGUCAGUUUGUCAAUUAAGCAGCCUCUAAAAGAUAAAGAGAAAGAUGAUGAAGUAAUUCCUCUGCAUGUUCCUAAUAGUCCUGAAAAAUUAGAUUUGAAGCAGUUUCCCUCCAAUGCUUCUAAAUUGAGCUCUGUCUCUCCACUAAAAUCACCUCAGUCGGUAACUGCAACUAAUUCAAAUGCUGAGCGGAAUAAAACUUCCAAACUGUCACUUAAAGUUUCCAGUAAUGCUACCCAAAAGAGGGUCGAUCAUGGGUCUUCAAAGUAUUCACAUAACCUUAGCUCUUCUCAGACUCAUGUUGUGACACAUAGAAGGAAGCUUGCAUCAUCGGUAGAAAUUUCUAAAACUACACCGGAGACAUUGCCUCAGGCAGUUGAAGUUACUGUUUCAACAAUUGGUUUUAAAGAUACCGAUGCUCUACAUGCUGAUAGGUUGGAGGUGAGCACAGAAGAGAAAAGUACUAUGAAGCAUCUUAUUGCUGCUGCCCUGGCAAAAAGGAAACAAGCUCAUUCACAAUUUCUUCCUUCUGGCUUUCCCAAUGCUCAGGGGGGAACUCCUAGCCCGUCCUCAGUUCAGCCAUUUCUGUCUGUCUCAAGCAAUUCUCUGCAGGCAGAUAUGCAAGGAGUUUAUGAGCACACAACAUUGGCUUCUCCACCAGCUAAAGAACAUCAUUCUGCUUCACAUAAUCAACUUGAUGCUGAUGAAAUUGAGGAUAGAAGAGUUGAUUCAGGGCAAAGGGGUGUAGGAGGCUCACUGAGUGGUGGUACUGAAGCUGCUGUUUCCCGCGAUGCUUUUGAAGGAAUGAUUGAAACAUUGUCAAGGACCAAGGAAAGUAUUGGUCGGGCAACCCGUCUUGCAAUUGACUGUGCCAAGUAUGGCAUUGCCAACGAGGUUGUAGAGCUUCUCAUACGAAAGCUGGAAAAUGAAACUAGUUUUCAUCGCAAAGUGGAUUUGUUUUUUCUUGUUGAUUCUAUCACCCAGUGCUCUCAUAAUCAAAAAGGAGCAUCCUACAUUCCUACAGUUCAGGCAGCAUUGCCACGUCUUCUUGGUGCUGCUGCUCCCCCUGGAGCUAGUGCCCGUGAAAAUCGUCGUCAGUGUCUCAAGGUUUUGAGGCUGUGGCUUGAGAGGAAAAUUUUUCCUGAAUCAGUUCUUCGCCGUUACAUGGAUGAUAUUGGAAUUUCAAAUGAUGAUAUUACAGUUAGCUUUUCUCUCAGACGUCCAUCUCGAGCAGAGCGAGCUGUGGAUGACCCUAUUAGAGAAAUGGAAGAAGGCAUGCUUGUUGAUGAGUAUGGAAGUAAUGCUACAUUUCAGCUGCCUGGCUUUUUAUCUUCACAUGCAUUUGAAGAAGAUGAAGAUGAAUAUGAAGAUGAUAUACCAAUGAAAUUGUGUCAGGAGACAUGUGAUGCAUCUCCAGCAGAUCCCACACAUACCCUUGGAGAAUCAGAAACUUCUACUGUUACCCCAAAUGACAAGCGCCAUUGUAUCUUGAAGGAUGUUGAUGGUGAGCUGGAAAUGGAAGAUGUUUCAGGUCAUCCAAAGGAUGAAAGGCCCACAUUUUUUAACAGUUCUGAUGAAAUUGAUUUGCAACUUCAGGGGUCAGAUAGAAAGUUAGAUCCAACUCCAAACAUUUCAGAAGAGAUGUCAGCUACUCCAGAAGGUUCUCCACCUUUGCCACUUGAUUCCCCGCCUCCGCCCCCACCUUUGCCUUCAUCACCACCGCCACCUCCUCCUCCAUUAUCACCAUCUCCUCCCCCACCUCCCCCACCCCCAAUGUUGCAACCCCCACCUCCUCCUUUACCACCCUCAGCCCCUCCUGUGUCAUUGGUUCCUCAAUCGUCGGUACCAGCUCGGCCACUUCUCUCCCAACCAUUAAUGCCAUCUCAGCCAUCACAUCAGUCAUCCCCACAGUUGGGGUAUCAGCAGAGUGUACCUCAUGACUUUAGUGGCACUAAUAAUGGUAACCAAAUAGUUCCAAUGGUUGGGAAUUCUUUUCCUGGAGGUCACAAUAAUGCUGUUGUCAAGAAUGAAGUAUUUCCACAGCCACCUGCUUAUGCUCCAGCAGCAGGUUGCAGCUCCCAGGAACCUUCUGGUUUUAACCCUUCAAGGCAAUUAGAGUACGGACAGAAUGAUAUGUAUAUAAAUGCUCAAGUUCCUCAACCUAACCAUCAAUUUCAGCAGGGUAAUCCCACAUUUGCACCGAGGCACACACAUCCCACCCCACCCCAAAAUCCACCAAAUCCGUACCCGUAUUCAAAUCCUACAGUUCAGCAACAUCUUCCACAUUCAUUCCAUCCUCCCUUCCCUUUACCAACUCUUCCUGAUGGCAGGAGACAGUUUGUUGCUGAUGAGCAAUGGAGAUUGUCAUCUAGUGAAUAUAAAACAAACAAUCAACAUGGUGUAUGGAGAGGGAGAAAUCCUUCAUGUCCUGGUCCACCCUAUGGGCAAGAAGGUCAUUUUCAGCAAUCAUUUGAAAGGCCACCAGUAAGCACUGUAGGUUUUCAGCGACCAAUUUCAAAUAACCUACCUGUUGCUCCAAUAUCAGGACACGGUGUACCACAGAUGCUGCCCUGUAGGCCAGACAUUCCUUCUGUUAACUGUUGGAGACCCAAUUGA